AUGUACUGGAUAGAGGAAAGGGGUCUUGACCUUCCUCUACAAUUUAGGAGGGAUAUUACACUAGUCCUUAAUCAACUUAAGAAGCUAGUAAAAUCAAUGGCUAUAGAAUACGACCUGAAUAAGACUGCUAAGGAACAGCCGCUAUUUAGCAUUAACGAGGUAUUCGUUAUCACGUAUUGUUUGGUGGCCGCUUACGAUAUAGCCUUUCCUACAGCCCGGGUUCUUUUCCAAUUAAACACCCUACGGAAAAUGAUAGUAUUAACCUCAGCCCGACCUAGGAUUCUUAUACUAUCUUCCUAUUACGAGAAAGAACACGAUGCGCUAAAGUGGAAAGAUAUUAACCUGCCUAUAUUCACUUAUACCGAAAGAGAUGAUAAUCUAGGACUCUAUAUUAUUUAG